AAUUACUAAGGAGAAAUAAAGGUUGUUUCUAAAAGGUUAUUCAAUUAUUAAUAAAUGGGCCUGGUUGAUAAAAUAAUGAUAACGAAGAUCCAAGAACGGCCCGAAAUGAAACGUGGGUUGGACCCACUGAUCUUUUUAAAAUAUCGUAAAAGCUUCAAUCAGUCGUCGUCACCUUCCCAAAUUAACAGAUUCACGUCAACCUUCUUCAGAUUUGCUUCUCAAAGUUGAUUCCUUUUCAUCAACGAUUAAACAAUUCUGAGACUUUGAACUCGUUGACGAGCUUGAGUUUCGAGAUUUCUGUUUUCCACUCGAAUCCAUGGAACCUCCAUUACAGAGUUUGACUCUGUUUCUUUUGUUCUUCGUCUUCCUCGUCUCUGCUUCUAUCUUGGUUGACUCACAAUCACAAGAUUCAUCCAUCUCUCCACCUCCACCACCACCACCACCACCCCAAUCAUUAACUCCACCGCCGCCGCCUCCUCCGGUAAAGGUCGGGAGUAGCAAACCGAUUCACGAGAAACAUCACCAAAAGAGAAAAUGGAGACAGAGAAGGAACCAUAAUCAUAGACGGCCAGAGAAGCAGAAGCUGAACACGGGGAAGACGGUGGGGCUUUUCUUCGCCGGUGCAGCUACAGCUUUGCAAGUUGUUGUUGCUGCCUUCUUGCUUAUCAAAAGAAGACAGCUUCUCCUCAAGCUCAGCAACGAUAACAGACACUGAAUCUGGAUCUUUGCAGUGGGAGUUAAGUUCAUCUCAAUUUUGUCUGUAAAGUUUUAGUCUUUUUGACUUGUCCCCCCCUGAGUAAUCCAAAUGAAAAAAAAAAUCAGUUUUGCUGCUUCAAAGCUUUUGUCUUUCAGACAAAUCUCUCUAGUACUAAUCUGGAGGUUGUUUGGUAAUAAUAUCAAUGAAAGUUCAUAGAUUCUUCAAA